AUGGAGCCGUGGCACAUCCUGUGGGUGGUCCUAGUACUGCUGACGGCUGGGCAGGGCCAGACCACGCAGGGGCCGACCACAGGCUCCCUGGUGAAUGCCCCAGGCACGCGCAAGCCCCUGGAUUUCCAGGUAGACCAGCUGGCUGUCUCCCGUCUGGCCAACUUCUCAGGCUGCCUCAGCCCUGCCCUGACACCUGCCCUGACACCUGCAAGAGGGGCUCUGGGCUGCCAGCAGCCCCUGCAGUUCCAGGGGGAGUGGUACGUGGUUGGCCUGGCAGGGAACGUCUUCAGGAAGGAGGACAGGGCGCUGCUGAGCCCUUACACGGCAACUUUCGAACUGAAGGUGAACAACUGUAUUCAGGCUUCAUAUGCCAUGACCCGGGGACAGCGCUGCAUCACCUGGGCUUACACUCUGAAUCCGGUCGGCAAGCCUGGGCACUUCGAGGUGGACAAGAACGGAGACCUGCAGGCAGACCCUGAGGAGGUCCAGGUGACCGACACUGACUACACCACCUUUGGUCUGACGGUCUCACGACGAAACUCCACAGGCCUUGUGAUCCUCAGGCUCAACCUUUUGGGCAGGAGCUGGGUGCUUCGUCCUGACGGAGUGGACAGGUUCAUGUGCCUUGUCCGGGCUCAGGGCCUCCGUGACGAUCAGGUCGUCUUCCCAACUGUGAGCGGAGGACCCUCUUCUCAGGAGCCCCCCGAGCUGGCUUUGGAGCAGCAGCUGGUGGCCAAGGUGGCCCAACGGCCCCUCCCCCAAGCCGUCCUGGCGCCACUGGUGAACUUGGAGCUGUGCACUUCAUCCCACGUCACUGAGCUGCUACGGCGUCUGCUGGAGUCUGGAGGCCACCUCACUCCCCUCGCGUCUCCACGGCUGAGCAGCCUCCGGUCAUUGGCGCUCCGACGCGCACUGGUGUACACGGUUCUGUGCCUGCCUGCCUUCCGGUCCGGGGUAUGUACGCAGGAGCGGGUCCGCUGGGUCACGUGCUGGUUCCACAGUUUGCUUUCGGAGGAACUGGCCCACUGCCGUCCACAGCAGGUGCGCCACGGCGCCUUUUACCAGCAACGCUGA